GGAGGAGUUAUGAUACAGAUAAUUUCCGCUAUUGGUGUUAUUUGACAGUACUGUAAAGAUUGACGAGAAACACGCAGUUCAGAGGCCGUUGAUGGACCAGCCUGGUGAAGAGGCGGGGUUAGAAUGGGACAGAGCACCUCGGAACAAGAGGGCCAAGAACAUGCAGAUGCCCCUCUGGAAGAAGGGUUUAAUAACAUCAAGGCGUUUGUGGAGGAAGAGCUACAGACGAGCAUGAUGAUGGGGAUGGUGAUUGGUGCGGGCAUCGCCAUAAUCCUCAUCGCCAUCCUCAUCUUCUUCAUGCUGCGGAGGAUCCAGCUCAGAAACCUGCAAGCCCAGGAGGCCCCCAAGUAUCGAUUCCGCAAGAGGGACAAGGUCAUGUUCUAUGGGCGAAAGAUCAUGCGCAAGGUGUCCCAGUCCACCUCUUCCCUGGUGGGCACAGCCUCCUCCUCGCGCCCACGACUCAAAAAGAAGCAGAAAAUGCUCAACAUUGCCAAAAAGAUUCUGCGUUUUAAGAAGGAGGUGCCCACCCUGGUAGCUAAGGAGCCUCCUCCCUCAGUGCUGGAGGCCGACCUUACAGAGUUUGACGUGGCCAACUCCCACCUGCCCUCCGAGGUGCUCUACAUGCUCAAGAACGUCCGUGUGCUGGGCCACUUUGAGAAGCCUCUGUUCCUGGAGCUGUGUAAACACAUGGUGUUCCUGCAGUUUCAACAGGGAGAGUACGUCUUCAGACCGGGCCAGCCUGACAGCAGCAUCUACGUGGUGCAGGACGGAAAACUAGAACUGUGCCUUACUGGAAUGGACGGCAAGGACGGUGUGGUGAAGGAGGUGUACCCCGGAGACAGUGUCCACAGCCUCCUCAGCAUCCUGGACGUCAUCACCGGACACCAGAAGCCGUACAGGACGGUGUCGGCGCGGGCGGCUGAGGUGUCCACCGUACUGCGUCUACCUGUCGAGGCCUUCCUCUCCAUCUUCGAGAAGUACCCUGAGAGCCUGGUGCGGGUUGUCCAGAUCAUCAUGGUUCGUCUCCAAAGAGUAACAGUUUUGGCGCUGCACAACUACCUAGGGCUCACCAACGAGCUCUUUAGCCACGAAAUGCAGCUCCUGCGCCUGCUGCCCCUGUCCCCCCACCCCGUGCCUCGCACCAGCCCCCAGCGCCACGGCAAGCGUUUCGGGAGCCUGACCGUGCCCGUGGAGGACCGCGAGGCCGCCGUGAAGGACGCACCAGAUCCUGGGAAGGAUGGAGCCACAGUUCCACCAACCCUCAGCAGGACCAUCUCCAUGCCUGUCGACAUCGCUGGCAUGCAGAAGAAUCUGCGGUCGGAUUUCGACAUGGCCUACGAGAGAGGACGGAUUUCAGUUUCCGCUGAGGACGGCAACACGCCACCCACCUAUACACGGGAUCAGCGGGAGAGGAGGGUGACCGUAGACGAGGUGCCUUCGGGGGUGUACCUGUACCCUGAGGAGGACGGGGGUCCGGACAAUCAGUUCUCACCAGGACCAGGACCUGUCCCCGGUCGCCCCAGCCCUGCCCUGUUUGAGGAGGCGCUGAAGGAGCUCCUCAAACUCAUGAGGAUAGAGGACCCUGCUCUGCUGAAUGGGAGAGUGACUCUGCACCACGCCAAGGCAGGAACCGUGCUGGCUAGACAAGGAGACCAGGAUGUGAGUCUCCACUUUAUCCUGUCCGGCUGUCUCCACGUGUACCAGCGAAUGAUCGACAAGCAGGAUGCGGUGUGUCUGUUUGUCACCCAGCCGGGUGAGAUGGUGGGCCAGCUGGCCGUGUUGACUGGAGAACCCCUCAUCUUCACCAUCAAGGCCAACAGAGACUGCACCUUCCUCAAGAUCUCCAAGUCUGACUUCUACGAGAUCAUGAGGGAACAGCCCAGUGUGGUUCUGAGUGCAGCCCACACCGUAGCCAUCCGCAUGUCCCCCUUCGUCAGACAGAUGGACUUCGCCAUAGACUGGAUGGCUGUGGAGGCCGGCAGAGCCCUCUAUAGGCAGGAAGACCAGUCGGACUGCACCUACAUAGUUCUGAACGGACGUUUGCGUUCUGUUAUACGUAAAGCUAAUGGGAAGAAGGAGCUGGUAGGAGAGUACGGUCGAGGAGACCUCAUAGGAGUGGUUGAGGCUCUGACCCGACAGCCCAGAGCCACCACGGUCCACGCAGUCAGAGACACAGAGCUGGUCAAGCUCCCAGAGGGAACGCUCAACAACAUCAAGAGGAGGUACCCACAGGUGGUCACCAGGUUGAUCCACCUGCUGGGACAGAAGAUCCUGGGGAACCUGCAACAGGCCCGCGGACCAUUCUCAGGUUCUGCCCUCGGCCGGUCCAGCGUAGCGUCCAGCCCUGACGUCACCAACCCGGCCAGUAACCUGUCCACUGUAGCCGUACUGCCCAUCUGUGACGAGGUGCCAAUCAACGCCUUCAACCUGGAGCUCAGCCACGCCCUCAGCGCCAUAGGACCUGCCCUGCUGCUGACCAGUGACAUCAUCAGAGAGCGACUGGGGGCCUCCGCUCUGGAUAGUAUCCACGAGUACCGUCUGUCUGGCUGGCUGGCCCAGCAGGAGGACAUCAACAGGAUAGUUCUGUACCAGACAGACAGCAGUAUGACUCCCUGGACCCAGCGCUGCAUCAGACAGGCUGACUGCAUCCUCAUCGUGGGCCUGGGGGAACAGGAACCUGCACUGGGACAGUUAGAGCAGAUGUUGGAGAACACCGCGGUGAGGGCCCUGAAACAGCUGGUGCUGCUCCAUAAAGAGGAUGGCUCGGGGCCCUCCAGGACCGUAGAGUGGCUCAACAUGAGGAGCUGGUGCUCUGGACACCUCCACCUCCGCUGCCCCCGCCGGGUCUUCUCACGACGCAGCCCCUCAAAACUGAGGGAGGUGUAUGAGAAGGUGUUUGAGAAGACAGCGGACAGACACAGCGAUUUCUCUCGGCUGGCCCGGGUACUGACUGGGAACAGCAUCGCUGUGGUGCUGGGAGGAGGAGGAGCCAGAGGCUGCUCCCACGUGGGCGUGAUCAAGGCCAUGGAGGAGGCAGGGAUUCCCAUCGACAUCGUGGGCGGGACGUCCAUCGGGUCGUUCAUCGGGGCGCUGUACGCCGAGGAGAGGAGUGCGGUGCGCACCAAGCAGAGAGCCCGCGAGUGGUCCAAGGCGAUGAACUCCGUAUUCAAAACCAUCCUUGACCUGACCUAUCCCAUCACCUCAAUGUUCACCGGCGCCGCCUUCAACACCAGCAUCUCCAAAGUGUUCCAGGACAAGCAGGCUGAGGACCUGUGGUUGCCCUACUUCAACGUGACUACUGACAUCACGGCGUCCGCCAUGCGUGUGCACCAAGACGGCUCGCUGUGGCGCUAUGUUAGAGCGAGUGCCUCCUACACCCCCUAUUUACCUCCCCUCUGCGACCCCAAGGAUGGCCACCUGCUUGUGGAUGGCUGCUAUGUUAACAAUGUCCCAGGGUCACUGUGGCGCUAUGUGAGGGCGAGCAUGACCCUCUCAGGGUACCUGCCGCCCCUCUGCGACCCCAAAGAUGGCAACUUGCUUAUGGACGGGGGCUACAUCAACAACCUGCCAGCGGACAUCGCGAGGAACAUGGGCGCCAAGACUGUCAUCGCCAUCGACGUAGGUAGCCAGGACGAGACGGACCUCUGUAACUAUGGCGACAGCCUGUCGGGCUGGUGGUUGCUGUGGAAACGAAUCAACCCCUGGGCAGAGAAAGUGAAGGUUCCAGACAUGGCAGAGAUCCAGUCCAGGUUGGCCUAUGUGUCGUGUGUACGUCAGCUGGAAGUGGUGAAGAAGAGUGCCUACUGCGAGUACAUCAGACCACCCAUCGACCGCUUCAAGACAAUGGACUUCGGCAAGUUUGACGAGAUCUACGAUGUGGGCUACCAGCACGGCAAGCUGCUCUUCACUGGAUGGGCCCGUGGUGACAUCAUCGACAACAUGCUCAAGGACCACCGCUCGGCAGACUACAAUGAGACCAAGACGGACUCCUAUACGUGUCCAGGGUCAGACUUCACUGACCUGGCUGAGAUCGUGUCCAGGAUUGAGCCGGUCCAGACCUACGUCGAUCCUGACGCUGCUGAGGCGGGGGAUGAGUCGGACUGCCUGACGGAGUAUGAGGAGGACGGGAUGGACACGGUGAGAGAAGAGGAGGAAGAAGAAGAGGAGGAAGAGGGGGAACAGGAACUCGAUGACCUCUCCCCGGGAGAGUGGGGUCAGAACGGAGUCUUCCAUGCGGAUGAGGAGAAGUCAGUCCGCCAGCGGAGGAAAACAGAAGGUGACGCCAACACCUACUCCGAGCUCUCCGACUGCUGACAGGAGGAGAGGAAAAAUGAGAAAGAGACCGACUUUGGGUCCAAGAUGAGGAAUGAAGGAGGGAAAGGCAGGGAGGAAAAGAGAUAUGAGAUAUGAGUCAGGCUCUGUGUCCAAAAACUAAGGAGAUGAAAGUUGGAUGUCCGGCAAUUUCUACAGCUACUGUAGCUCAACAAAUACUUAUUUAUCCCAACUCUAAUCUACCACACCUGAUUCUAAUAAUUAGCUGGUUUAUCAAAUAAAUCAGGUUAGUUACAUCAAGGGUUGGAGUGAACCUACAUGAGCACUCUCCAGGAACAGUGUUGGAGAGCCCCACUCUAACCCCUGACCCUUAACCCGUAAGCCAUUGGACUACUGGUGUCCAGUGUGACUUGAACCAUGAAUGGACCCUCUCCAAUCUGAAGAUGGACUCAACUGGGACCCCUCCACUCUCUCCCUCCUGCCAAAGCUGAAAUCCUUUUAUUGGGGUGACUAAAGUGUGUCCCCCAUACCACAGGGAACACAUUAGUACUUGGUUGAAGUUAAAAACUUAGUCUCUUUAAGCUUUCAGCUCCAAUGCUUUGGCCCUAUUCAGACUGUCUGACUGCAUGUCCUGUCUGUCCAUAAUCAGGAUAGGUUCUUAUUGAUUGUUCUCUGUUAAAACACAGAUGGGUAUUACGUGGUUGGAAAGGUGUGUGUGUGUGUGUGUGUGUGUGUGUCAUUACAAUUUAUUUGCUAGUAGUAGUAUUGAUGUUGAAUGGAGAGAGAUAUGUAAAAGGCUGAUAAUGAAAGAGGUGCAAAACCGCUGACGUGCACAAACAGUAGAAAGACUGAUGUAUACUGAACAAAAAUAUAAACACAACAUAGUAAAACUUUUCAAAUUGUUGUGAGUUCAUGUAAGGAAAUCUGUCAAUUGCAAGUCAUUAGGCCCUAGUCUAUGGAUUUCACAUGACUGGGCAGGGGAGCAGCCAUAGGUCCACCCACUGGGGGGCCAGGACCAGCCAAUCAGAAUGUGUUUUUCCCCACAAAAGGGCUUUAUUACAGACAGAAAUACUCCUCAGUUUCACCAGCUGUCAGGGUGUCUGGUCUCAGUCCCGCAAGUGAAGAAGCUGGAUGUGCAGGUCCUUGACUGGUGUGGUCUGUGGUUGUGAGGCCGUUUGGACGUACUGACAAAUUCUCGAAAACAACGUUGGAGGUGGCUUAUUGUAGAAACAUUAACAUUUUAAAUUCUCUGGCAACAGCUCUGGAGGACAUUCUUGCAGUCAGCAUGCCAAUUGCACACCCUCAAAACAUGAGACAUUUGUGGCAUUGUGUUAUGUAAUAAAACUACACAUUUUAGUGGCCUUUUAUUGUCCCCAGCACAAGGUGCACCUGUGUAAUGAUCAUACUUUUUAAUCAGCUUCUUGAUAUGCCACACCUGUCAGGUGGAUGGAUUAUCUUGGCAAAGGAGAAAUGCUUGCUAACAGAGAUUUAAACCAAUUUUUGCACAAAAUUUGAGAGAAGCUUUGUGUGUGCAUAUUAAACAUUUCUGGGAUAUUUUAUUUAAGCUUAUGAAACACCUUACAUGUUGCAUUUUAUAUUUUUGUUCAGUGUAUAUUAUUGGAAGAUGAAGUAGGGAGAUGAAAAUGUGUAGAGGAGAGGUGUGUGUGUCAUUGGUUUCCACCAUGCUUGCUACCACUGUAUUCUGCUUGUUCCAAGCAGAGGAUAACAAUGCCUUUUUAACCUGAAUUUAACCGUUUAAAAACGAUGGAAGGGAGACUGCCAAUGGACUCUUUUAGUAUAGAAACCACCCUCUCCCUACUUGCCUAAUGCUUGCAUGGGGUCCUGUGUACUCCCUAACCAACAAGUGUCAAACUCAUUCCACGGAGGGCCAAGUGUCUGGGUGGUUUUCGCGCCUUCCUUUUACUUGAUGAAUUAAGGUCGCUAAUUAGUAAAGAACUCCGUUCACCUGGUUGUCGAGGUCUUAAUUGAAAGGAAAAAACAAAAACCCACAUCAACUAGGUCCUCCAUGGAAUGAGUUUGACACCCAUGCCCUAACCUCUCAAAUGGUCACAGAGUAACUUAGUCUAAUCUUAGUAAUAACUAUAUAUACACACUAUACCUACUUUACACCUGUUAAUACUCAUAUGUAUAUAAUAAAUACUUUCUAUGUCAAUGUUUUUCUGCUGCGAAACUAGGACUCUUUUCGCCUGAGAGAUGUCCUUCCUAAAUCCAUUCAAACGUGCACAGAAUUUUUUGUUGUUGCCAAUUUUAGUUUUUAUUUAUUUUGUUUAACCACUGGCUUUUUUUUUUAAAUAGCCUUUUUUUUAACACUGAACAAAAUGGAAAAAAAUCCUAAUUCUAAUUACAGACGUGAAUAAUGAACUAUACUGUCCUUUCUUAUUAGAUUGUGUUUCGCUAUUUUGCACUGGUGAAUAAAAAAUAAUAUUCCUUGGUUGGAAA